AUGCUCAUCUCACUGCUCCCUCGUUUCGCUCGAUGCACACGAUUCGCAUCGACGACAUCGGCGCUUCUGAAGGAGAAAAAAUCCACGUCAUCAUCAGCGAAAAAUGUGGAAAUCGGCGACGACGGACUACCCAAAGACUAUAAAUUGAAGACGUUACGAGCCGGAAGUCGUCGGCUGGAUACGUUUGUGAAUCGAGCGACUGGACAGAGCAGCAGCGAAGUCAUCAAAUUGAUCAUGCAGGGAAAAGUGCGAGUGAACGAUGAGGUCUUUACCAAGAAGGCGUAUAAUAUUUGCCAAGACGACGUCAUCGAGGUGUGGAAGUCGCCGUUCGCUGACAACGCCGCGUUGGCAAACGUGGAGAGAACAGAGAUCGUCUCCUACGAAGUGACCGAUCAGGGAUACAAUUUCGAAGUGAAGAGCUGGAAGAAUUUUUUGUCUGAUAACUGGCGCUCGUCUCAAUAA